AUGCAGCCACUGCCGAGUCACCACCCCACCCCCCGCCUCGGUCGCGGCUCAGAGACCUCAUUCCUGGAGGCCUUGGUAUCCCUAAGGGCCCCUCAAGCCGCGGCGGCCGUCAGGUGGAAGGAGACAGGUCAGCAGCGGCUGCCCGCCCAAGGAAGGCGGAGCCUGACGGAGGCCGGGGCUCCGCAGGGGGCAGCAGGCGGCCGGGACCCCGCGCCCCCUCCUCCGCGCAGCCCGCCGGCGACCCUGGGCGCUAAUCGGUGCUGUCUCGGUCUCAUCUGUCCCGGGCAACAGGUGAGGAGGCUGCCCGCCCGCGGGUCCUCUGCGGGACCGUCCCACCCCCGCGCGCCUCGCGCCCGCCCCUCUCCACGCCCCCUCCCCUCCUCCCGGCCUCCGCCGCCUGCCUCGGCCGUCCGGCGGCCUCCCCUCUCCCGGUCUCCUCCUCCUCUCCGGCCCUAG